CCGGGCCGAGCCGAGCUCGGGGCCGGGGCCGGGCGCUGAGGGAGCUCGGUUCGGCCGCCGGACCCGGUGCCAUGUGGGGGAACGGCAGCCGGGCCGAGCCCUGGGCCGCGCCGCCGUGCGACGAGUGGCUGUGCUCGGCGCUGCCGCUGCGGGCGCUGGUGCCGGUGACGGCCGUGUGCCUGGGGCUGUUCGCCGUCGGCGUGGUGGGCAACGUGCUGACGGUGCUGGUCACCUGCGGGCACCGCGACGCCCGCAGCACCACCGACCUGUACCUGGGCAGCAUGGCCGUGUCCGACCUGCUCAUCCUGCUGGGGCUGCCCCUCGACCUGUACCGCCUGUGGCGCUCCCGGCCGUGGAUCUUCGGGCGGCUGCUGUGCCGCCUCUCGCAUUACCUGAGCGAGAGCUGCACCUACUGCACCAUCCUGCACAUCACCGCGCUGACGGUGGAGCGCUACCUCGCCGUGUGCUUCCCGCUGCGGGCCAAGGUGCUGGUCACCCGGCGCCGCGUCAAGGCCGUCAUCGGCGCCCUCUGGGCCUUCGCCCUCCUCUCCGCGGCUCCCUUCUUCUUCCUGGUGGACGUGGAGCAGCCCGACAACCGCACCGACUUCAGCCGCGAGUGCAAACCCACCCCGCGGGCUCUGGAGUCCGGCCUGCUGGGCAUCAUGUUCUGGGUCACCACCUCGUACUUCGUGCUGCCCGUCGUCUGCCUCUGCGUCCUCUACGGCUUCAUCGGCCGCGAGCUGUGGCGCAGCCGGGGCCGCCUCAGGGGUCCGGGCGCGGCCCUGCGGGAGCGGGGACACCGGCACACCGUCAGGAUCCUGGCUGUGGUGAUCCUGGCCUUUGUAAUUUGCUGGUUGCCUUUCCACAUUGGCAGGAUCAUAUUUAUAAGCACCCGGGACACCAGAACGAUGCUGUUCUCCCAAUACUUCAACAUCUUUGCCCUCCAGCUGUUCUACCUGAGUGCCUCCAUCAAUCCCAUCCUCUACAACCUCGUCUCACAGAGGUACCGGGCAGCAGCUUUCAAGCUCCUGCUGCCAUGUCGGCGUGUGAGAAGAGCUCUGCUGGGAUCGAAAGUGUCCAGGGCCUACACAGAGACCAGCAGUGGUAUAAGACGUGGGUAAAUGGGCGGCUCUCAGGCUGUGCCCCAGCAAUGGACUUCACAAGGCAUUCCAGGCAAGGAAGGGCUCUUCCUCCUGCAGAGUCACAGAAGGGUGGACAUCUACCAGGGCCUUGGUAGUGUAUAACUCUGUGUGUGCUGAAAUACUUGGAUUUUUACCAACGGAGCAAGCAGGGACCAUAAAAUAACGAGAAUGAUGUGAAAGCCAAGACUAAAGGAAAAAGCUGGACGAUAUUACUGGUAAAACCAAACUGGGUUUGGUUUAUUUUGUGUUUGGCUACACUUGUUCUCUACAAUUCCUGGUGCUUUCUGAACAUCUUAACAUCAGGGACUGCAAAGCAAGGAGUGACUGGCAGAGAGCCUGUGCUGUUUAAAAGGAGUUUCUCAUCAUGAGAUGGACACACAAGGAAUUGCCCACCGCCAUCAGCACUUAUGAAAGGAGGGGACAUGUGUUUUUGUUAACCAGUCUUGCAACCAUGAAUGGGAGUUUCCAGGCCAAAGUUAACUGACUCUUCCCCUGGGAAAGCUUAUCCUCUGCACUCAGCCCUGUUGAUCUGCCCCGUGCCAUUAAACACAUCUCUUAAUUACUGGCAACCAAUUUAGAUAGCGCUGCUUACAUCCUCUUGGCAGUGUUUGGUUUAGCAUUAGUGUGUAACCACCCAACAGCGGGCUACCCCGGUACAGAGGUCGUGAGGUUUGAGAUUCCCUUGGGGUAAAUUAAGGGGAAACGUCAACAAAUGGCUGGUUAACAAUUGUAUUCGAAUUAUGUAUGCCUGGUGAUUUUUGGUGCUAUAUAAGAAAUCAUAGAAUCGUAGAAUGGCUUGGAUUGGAAGGAAGCUUAGAAACCAUCUGACUCCAACCCUGUGCCAUGGGCAGUGCCACCCAGCAGCUCAGGCUGCCCAGGGCCUCAUCCAACCUGGCCUUGAGUGCCUCACUCCCUUCAAGUACAGAAGGCUGCAAUGAGGUCUCCCCAGAGUCUUCUCCAAGCUAAACAAGUCCAAUUCCCUCAACCUUUCUUCAUAGGAGAGGUGCUCCAGCCCUACAUGAAUCUUCAUGACCUUCCUCUGGACCAGCUCCAACAACUCUGCAUCCCUCCAGUGCUGGGGCCCACAGGUCUGGAUGCAGAAUUGCAGAUGGGGCCUCACAUUAACCUUCUGCUUCUCAGUCUCUUCCACAGUGCUCUGUCAUGUUCUGUUCUUGUGGUACGAUGUGUCGAAGUAGCCAAGCUCCCCUGACCAAGCUGCAUGCCCAGCUAUGCCAGGACCUACAGCUGCAUUGCAAGCCAUAUAAAACAACAUGCUAGCCUUGCUCCAAAGGUCUACAAUACAAACUCAAGCUUAGCAACUUAGGCACAAGUGUUUGUUAAGCGGGGAGGGCUACACAGAGUUACAGUGCCUGGACAGUGAGAACAUUUUACCUCUACAUCUUUCCCGCUUUCCUCCUGGCUGUAUUGAGAUAAGCCUGAAACAAAAAUCAAUGAAGUGAGACUGCGCUUAAACACACGUUCUUAGCGCAUACUGAAGUUACCAUCUGGCCUACCUGGAAUGCAAAGACUGUUCAAAAUCCAGCUUAGGAAUCUCAGCACAGUAGAGCUGAACCCUUCUCCAGCCUUAAAAGCAGGACCAAACUCAUUGUUUGACUCUGAGUCACCAAAUGAAAUACCUGAAGGCAGAAAGCUCCCCAGCUCCUGGCACAUAGGAGCGCACUCCUCACAUCAGCUUCUCUGCAGCUUUGGGGCUGGGUUGGUUUGCUUUUGCUAGGUGGUGCCCUUCAGUAAAACACAUUAAAAGGACAGGACAGCUGGCACAUUGCAGAGGUAGGAGGAAGAAAGGAAAACUGUGUGGCCACGCAGCCCUCUCCUGCGUGCCUGAGAUCUGCUGGUGAUGCCUCUUCUUUUUCCUCUGCCUGCAGAGCUGCACUGGUCCUGCUGCCCACUGCUGGGCUGUGUGGUACCUCCUGCUCUUGGCAUCCUCCUGCUUCCUGCAGCAGGCUGCGAGGAGGGGUCUGGUGUGCUGGCCAAACCGUUUGUGUCCCUGUGAUAAAUACCCUUGUGGGAGCAGUACAACAACACACGCAGCAAACCACAUUUGUGAGCUCGUAAUGCCUUUUAAUUAAUGCUCCGUCCCCAUUAGGACGUAUAAAUCAAGUUGGCGAGUUUCCUUAGAGUUACCAGGCCUGGAAUGGCUGUGUGUGGCAGUCAGCACCAGGCUGAGUAAGCAGAAGGCCUGCAAACAAACAGCAAUGCUGGGUUAUUCAUGCCAACAGCAGUGCACAGGUGCAGCUUGGCUGUAUUUAAAAGGAAUGCUUCACAAGUCAUUUGACUAUUAGGAAAAGAGGCAGAGAAGCGAUCAGUGAUCUUACACAGUGCAGACCCUGUACCUAUACAGGCAUUAAACAAGGGACUAGAAAGUCGCUCUCCAACUUGCAUCUUCAUUUCCAACUACCCAAUGUCUGUGCUCAUAAUGUAGCUGCACGCUGCGCAUAGAAGCCCACAAUAAAUUCAGGAUAUGAUAUUCCCUUGGUUUCACGUAACUUCAUUUGCAUUUGCAGUCACUGUUUCUCUUCACAUGACUCUACAAUAAAAUCCAUCUUAGCUUAUCCAAAUUGGACAACGGCUAUUUGAAAUCUAUUGGAAAAAAAAUUGAAUUUCUGUUCUAAAAUAAAUGUUGUGGAAAACA